AUGCAUUCACACGCAUAUACGAUAAAACGCAUCCUCGUAUAAUUGAAUUUCCAUGUUAUUGAGAAUUUCAAAGUGGUUCACUCGAGUUUGUAGUGAAUUAUAAUUGUAUAUUAUAGAUUAUAGAAUUUCAAUUUUUUCCGUGCGUUGUCGCAAUUUAAAAAUGGAUCUUUAGCCCAAUGCAACAGAUCAUACACAGAGUCACACGGUCACACCACGUUUAAAUCGUACUUUUGCUAUAGUUAACGCGUCCGAUACACACGGCAUACGUUUGUAGAACAUAACCUCUUCGGGACCUGCGAUGUGGCACCUCUCGAUUUAACAUAUUUUAGCCCGCCUCUCGAAAGACAGAUCCAUUCAAACGAAAGCAAUGAUCAAGGUGUAGACAUUCAGCGGCAACCGUGUCGCAAACAAUUAAUGUAAACUCGUCGAUAGAUAUGAUUGUAUAUACAUAGCGAACCAAAAAAAAAAAAAAAAAAGAAAAAUGAGAGUGUCAUUAGUAAUAUUGGGAGUUUUGUCCUUUUUUGACGUGUAUAGAUUCACGAACGCUUGGGAUAAUGACGAUCUGGAGGUGUUUGACGUUUUCGAGGAAGUCAAUCAAAACUUUUAUGAAGUGCUCGGUGUCCCACAGGCUGCCAAUGCCUCGGAGAUUAAAAAGGCUUUUAGGCGAUUGUCCCUCCAAUUGCACCCAGACAAAAAUGAUGCAGAGGACGCGGAGCAACAGUUCAGAAAACUGGUCGCUGUGUAUGAUAUAUUGAAAGAUCCUGGAAAAAGACAGAGAUAUGAUAAUGUACUUAUUAACGGAUUGCCAAAUUGGCGAUCGGCUGUAUAUUAUUACCGUCAUGUACGGAAAAUGGGUCUUGUAGAAUUAAGUAUGAUUUUAUUCAUAGUUAUUACGGUCGGACAAUAUUUGGUAGCAUGGGCUGCAUAUUUUGAGAAGAGAUAUACAUAUGAGCAAGUGUUGGGUAGUAAGCUUCAGAAAAUGCAGAAAAAGAAUAAAAAGGGGAAAAUGGACGUCCCGGAUUUAGCAGAUAUUUUGGAAAAGAUCCCCACUCCGAGCAUGUGGAAUACACUUCCGUUUCAACUACCGCGUUGGAUAAUAUCGUUCACAUUAUCCAUCCCUAAUCUCAUGCGCGCCAUGCGCGACGUUUUAGAGGAAAGAAAACGUAGGAAAAAACAGGAAGAGGAAGAAGCAUUAGCACAAGAAAUUGAACAACCGGAACCGGAACCCGUAUCUCGUACCAGAAGACGUAGACCUGGUUUCACGCCGCAAGAGAGAAGCGUUAAUAACGUCAAAGAUGUUUUAAAGAGGGACUGUGAUCAAACGAAUCAUGUCUAUCAGAAGCCCGCUACGUCCGGCGGCGGUUUGUGGACUGACGAUGAUAUAUUAGAGUUAAUAAAGCUUGUAAAAAAAUACCCGAGCGGUACGUCGGAGAGAUGGGAUAAAAUUGCGGAUGCUAUGAAUCGUACAGUCACGGACGUUACAUACAUGGCGAAGAAGGUAAAAGAUGAAAGGUUAAAACCGAGCGUUGCUACGGAAGAAACCGUGGUAGAGGAACGUCCGAAAAAAAUAAAAACACGGGUUGAAAAUGUUGACAAUGUUACCGAAUGGAGUCAGGAGCAACAAAAAGCGUUCGAAGCCGCGCUUAUAAAAUAUCCAAAGGGCAUGUCUAUAGACAGAUGGGAAAAAAUUGCAAACUGCGUCGAAGGGAAAACGAAGGAUGAAUGCCAAACGAGAUAUAGACAAUUGGUGGAAUUUGUAAAGAAGAAGCAACAAACUCAGUAGCCCUGCCAUGUACAAGAUAUGUUCCUUCGGCAAAAAAGUGUAGUCCGUACAAUCAAGUCCAAAAAUAGUAUUCAGUUUAUAUCUCAUGAAAAAAAAACAGAAAAAUAUUUCAUGGCUGUUGUACAACAUUUCAGACGGAUGAAUUACAAAUCUCUUAAAGAGUUUCUUACACAGAAACGGAGAUUAAAUAUAAUUGCAUUACGAGUGAUAAAACGUUUAUACACGGAAAAAAGAAUAUUGCUCUUACAUAAUAUUAUUAUUAAAUGUUUCUAGAGAAUGUAUUUAUUUAAUAAAUUUAAUAAUUAAUUAAGAGAAAAAGACUGACAAAGUAUAAUGAUUGAACACUCUCCUGUUCUUUGCAAUCUGUUCAACGAACUAUGUACUUUACUUUUUAAAAAUUAUGAAAUAUAAUACACGAAUAAUAUCAUGCCAACGUACGUAACAUUUCGCUAUAAUACUAAUGUUAACAUAUGAAUAUCAUAAACGUUUAUACGACUAAUUGUAUCAAAACGAUCGACGUUUAACUCUCAAACCACAUUGUCUCUAUUCCACUUGUUAAAAUAAGUACACAUCUCGUGGCACAGAAAAAUUCUGUCUUACAUAUUUUUACAAGUUUUAUGAAUUCUCUAAUUUAGAAUAAUA